AUGGAUGUAUUAGAUCUUAAUUCAGCUUCUAGAGAAAACUUUGCUAAAGGUAUUGAAAAUGGUUCCAACCUUCAAAUGGAUAGAAUGGAUAGAAAUAAGCCGGCAAAUUUGGUAACUCAAACGUUUAAUGAACUGGAGAAGGAGAAAGACGAAAAAAGGGAAGCGGAAUCCGCAAAAAGAAUAGCGGAAGAAGAACGCGAACAAUUCGCUUCACUUUGGGAG